CAGAGUUGAAUUUAGCAUAAACAUGGUGGAAGUCGGUGAUGUCCGCGUGGUUCACAGAGGUGGCAGUAAAAUAAACUUCAGGCAGCCUGUUGUCAGUCAUGAUUUAAGGUUUUUGCUGUGCGCAGCCGGUGAGCGCGUGAAGGUGUUCAGCACUUCCACGGAAGAAUGUGUCCACGAGCUGUGGGGACACACAGACCUGGUGACUGGCAUCCUGAUCAAACCAUCCAACCACCUACAGGCCUACUCUUGCUCAGCAGAUGGCACUGUAAAGCUGUGGGACUUCAUGGAUGGCAUUCUUAUCAAGACUCUGGUCAUUGGAUACCCGCUUCACGCCAUGUAUGCAUCCGCUUACCACGAUGGUGUUCUCUUUCUGGUUACCGCUGUACAAAGCAACACGUGUACUGAGAAGUUCCAGCUGGUUGCUGCACAUUCGCCACCCAGUGGAGAUCAGCUGGUUCAGGGUCAGGAGUUUUCAUCUGUUCUUUGUGACGUCAGCUCCAAACCAGAAGCCAUCGCCUUUGGUCGAGAGGGUGAAUAUUUGGCUUCUGCUAAAGGUUUGCAGCUUGAAGUCUUCUUUUUCAAGAAGCAGAAGUCUUUCAGAUUUUACCUUAAAGACGACCAUAAGAAGGGAGCAAAGAAUGUGUUUGUAUGUGUUGCCUGUCACCCAAAGGAUGACUGCAUUGCUACUGGGCAUGAAGAUGGCAAAAUUCGCUUGUGGAGAAACUUUAUCCACAACAAGGAAUACACAUAUUCCACGUACCACUGGCAUCAUGCUGCUGUCGGCUCACUGUGUUUCACCCCAGAAGGUACCAGUCUGCUGAGCGGUGGAUUAGAGUCUGUGCUUGUUCAGUGGGGAUACAACAAAAAUCAACGCGAUUUUCUGCCCCGCUUGGGUGCAGCCAUCACACACAUCGCUGUCUCGCCUGACGGAGCGUUAUUCUGCACCUCGCAUGCUGACAACAAGAUCACGAUCAUCCAGAGUUGUGUUAAAGUGACAGCUGUCAUUCAGGGCCUGGUCAAAGGAGAAAGUGUCAUGGCAGAUAUGACGGUGGAUCCACGUAGCAAAGCUCUGGUCCUUAAUGGAAAACCUGGUCAUCUCCAGUUUUACUCACUACAAAGAGACAAACUUCUGUACAAUCUGGACAUAGUGCAGCAGGAGUACAUUCAUGAGUCAGGCCUGGAGCAGUUUGAGGUUGUUAAGCUGGCCUUCGGGGCCAGAGGAAACUGGCUGGCUACAGUGGAGGAAAGAAAACAAAAGGACUCUGAGCUGGAGCAUAAUUUAAAACUGUGGGCUUUUGAUGAGCAAACACAGAGUUUUGUAUUAAACACAGCCAUCUCGGCGCCCCAUGAGGCACGGAUUACAGCCAUGAGCUUUUGCCACGGCCCUGACAGCCAGACCACCAUGCUCGUCUCCACCAGCAAGGACCGACAUUUCAAAGUCUGGCAGCUGGCCACACCGACCCAGACAGAGGAUGAAGGUUCGUUCUGGUCGUGUGAUUUCGUGGGUAGCUAUCACGGCAUGUCGCCGGAGUGCUGCUGCUUCUCGGCCGAUGACUCGCUGCUGGCGGUUGGAUUUCAGGAGGUGGUGACUGUAUGGAGCUCCGCCUCCUGGGAGCUCCUCACCACGCUGUCCCAACCACCAGGGGCCAUCAGGAGCCUUUGUUUUGGACAACUAAGCUGUUCCAAGUAUCUGCUGGGAACCACAGACAGGAACCUGCUGUGCUGCUGGAACAUGCUCACGUGCUCCUUGGAGUGGAGUAGCUCCAUGGAUGUAAGUCUGCUCCUGGCCGACCCCCUCUCUGAGAACAUGGCUGCCUUCUGCUUUCAGGCUGGUUCAACAGACUUGUUUGUGUUUAAGCCCAGUGAGCCUCGGCCACUAUUUUCCCAAAAGGCCGUGUGCUCGGGGAAGGUGACGAAGGCUGUGUUUGCACCGAGGGAGGAGACGUUGGCAAGCAGCCGAGACAGUAGCCAGUGGCUCAACCACUCCCAACUCUACUUCUUCACUCAGCAUAUGGAUCUCAUGAUGUUCACCACGGAAGACGAGGAGGACAGUCUGAUGGCAUCCAGCAAACAGCUUGUGGUUGAUGACAGUGUUGCCAUGACGCCGUUCCACUUGUUGCUGGGGAAACACCGGCAGCAGCAACUGGAAAAUCGAGACCCACUGACCCGUCCGGCUGAAAGAACCCAUCUGCCACAGGGCUCUGACGCGAUCAAGGAGCUCCUGCACACGCCGGCACACGUGCUGCCUGCUGCCUCUUUCCUCUGCUCCGUGUUCGUACAGUCGCUGCUCAUCUCAGCGACGGACAGAAGAGGGAGAAAUGAAUCUAGAGAGGAGGAAACAAGGAGUGAGAAAGAGGAAGAGGAGUCCGAGGGGGAAACGGAAGUCUGCAGCUCGAGGCAGGAACUCGCAGUUUCAACAUCGCCGGCGGCUCAGUGGGCAGCGGUCCCCGAACCAACCAAAACCCAGCUCAGGGAACUCAAGAGGAUCAAGAGACUGGACCACAGCUGGGCCAGCAGUCUGCUGGACUCUGAUCCAUCACACACGUGAACAUGCACGUGAGGCCGUGCCUGCAGAGGACCGGUUUCUUUUUUGGCGGGGGGGGGGGGGGGGGGGCGGCGCGCGCGCUGUCUUAAACUGCAUUGUGAUCGUGACUGUGAUUAUUGGUGUUAUUUUUAUUUUAACAUUGAACAGGCACAUGAAACCCCAUUAAUGAACCUUAAAUUAUGUAAAAUCUUUAUCUGUUUUGGCUCGAGACUGUUACAUUGUUUAAUCCAUAUUAAUUAAACUUGAUCCAUUUAGGCUUGGCUUGGAUACCAGUUAGUAAUUAAAUAAAAUAAUAAUUACUCUGGUCAAUCGUCUUCUUUUUUUUUUUUUUUUUUUUCUUGCAUGGACUUUGAGAACUGAUUUAAGGUCAUUUUGUGGUUCUGAAUCUGAGCUCAGAUUUCCUCUGUCACAUCAUGCUUUGUUAUAAUCUGCAUGUGCCGUAUUGAUGGAUUACACCAAACUUGCUCAUUCACGCACAGGUUUGGCGCCACUAAUUGCACAAAAGCAGUUUUUAAAACCAGCUUCACAAAAUGUGAACAAGAGCUGUAAUAUCGUUUAUGGUGUUGAAGACGUGUGCGAGACGGCAGAUUUUCAUUCAAUGUUUGAUAUGAGAAAUUUUUCAUAUCUAAAACGUGAUUGGCAAAUAGUAACUUGAGAUUCAGCGCCGUUGGGAAAAACUCCAUGCAGGAAAAAUUGUGUUGACCAGUGUAAUAUAUAUAUAUAUAUAAAAAUUAGGAAAUUUCCCUUGUAUGUUUGAUAUUUUUGAAUGAUGUAAUUAAGCAGUAAUUGUUGAAUGUUUCCAUUUAGUGAUUACAGGGUUUUGCAAUAACUAUCAGUUAGAUAUUCCACACACGGAUAUGUUCAGGCUCAAAUUUACUAAAAUAAUAGUAAGUCCCUUCGGCUGCUCCCUUGUUUGCACUCGGGGUCGCCACAGCAAAUCCAAGGUGGAUCUGCAUGUUGAAUUGGCACAGGUUUUACGCCGGCUGCCCUUCCUGACACAACUCCACAUUACAUGGAGAAAUGUGGCAGGGGUGGGAUUUGAAAAUGAUUAUGAUAAAAAUGAGGUCUCUUAAGUUUCAUGUUUGUAUGUGAUAGUUUUGUUUGUAGAGAUUUAUUUUCACUUUAAAAUGCUUUUUCUGCUGUAAAAAAAAAAAAAAAACUAAAUUGAUUUCAGUUUUGUAAUAUUGUAAUUAUACAUUGAGGUGCAGUCGUACACUUGAUAAUGCUGUUAAAUGUAAUAAACGUAGUUUUUUUUUUUUUUUUUUUUUAAAGCAGGCUGGUCUUUGACAUGAGUUUGAGGUAAUGUUGACGUACUCGUCUUUGCCCGCUGGAAGAGUAGUUCCCAAGUUGUGUUUUUCUUUGAAAAUAACAUAAGCAGAACUUUUGCAUCAGCGCAUCAACCUGGCGAUUUUUAUACGAAACAUAAACUACAGCUCGCAGUGUUCAUGUUCAUUAUUUUAAAAGUGCUGUGUGAUUCUGCUAAACUGUCAAAAACUUGUGCUGUUUCCUAACUGUUUGAUAUCUUUUGUAUAUUUUGUUUCACGUACUGUAUUGUAUCACUUGACAUAAUUAAUGCAUUGAUUACACACAGUCCGAUACAGUAGGUGGUGGUAUACGCCUCAAAGUUGGUUUCUGAUCCUUUGAUUACACAUAGUAGUCAUUUUAUUUUUCUUAUUAAUUUACAAGUGUAAAGUUUAUUUUCAGACUUACAGAUUUACAAAUCACAUCUUGAAAAUAUCGUCUUGUAGAAGUCACAAGCAUCACUUAGCACAAUGCUAACUGCUGAUGUUGACAUGACUGAGUGGCUCCUUUGUGAGCAUUUUAUUGCAAAUAUUUUGUAAUAUGGUUUUCUGUCCAGUUCAUUGGCCUGAUGGAUCAUCUCGGAAGCUAGAGAGGAGGAAACAAGGAGAAAGAGGAAGAGGAGUCCGAGGGGGAAACAGAAACCUGCAGCUCGAGGCAGGAACUCGCAGUUUCAACAUCGCCGGCGGCUCAGUGGGCAGCGGUCCCAGAACCAACCAAAACCCAGCUCAGGGAACUCAAGAGGAUCAAGAGACUGGAGCACAGCUGGGCCAGCAGUCUGCUGGACUCUGAUCCAUCACACACGCACGUUUCAGUUUUUUCACAACUCUGAGGGCGCCACCUUUGUUCUGGACACAGCGAUUUCUCGAAGUGUAGCUGCUAAUUAUAUUUGACAUUAAGUUGACAUCAGUGAUGCCGGUAACGCGUUACUCUAAUCUGACCACUUUUUUUAGUAACGAGUAAUCGAACGCGUUAAUCUUUCCAAAUCAGUAAUCAGAUUAAAGUUACUUCUCCAA